GGAGUUUCAAGGGUGGGACAUUGUGGGACGCGUAUACAGAUUGAGUCUGUCCCACCAUAUUGUUACGCCGUAAAGCCGCACUGCAAGGUUAUUUAAGCUGUCCAAAGGGCCCGUAAGAUAUAGCUACAUAUUAUAACCGAAAUUCAAUUGCCCUCUUUGAAACCCGCACGCAAAUCUCUCCGAUUUAUUAAUUCGCCAUGUCUGAUAUUGAGCAUAUCGUCCUCUGGCCAUUCAAGAACACAUCAGACCUGGAGUUUGCUGCCCAGGCUAUCAAGUCUACUGUAGGAAAAGCCCGUCAUGAUGGAGAGCCAUACGUCCUGUCGGUGAAGUGCGGUACAACCCGGCCCUCGCCCCCAGUCAGAAGUAGAGGAUUCAACCUUGCUUCGAUCAUUCGAUUCCGUACUGAUGAUGAUCGGAGCUACUUUGUGAAGGAAGAUCCAGCGCAUAAGGAAUUGGUCGGCCUAGUCAAGGAUAAACUCGCUUCUGAUAUCCUGGUUUUGGACUUUAUUGAUGGUGCGGUGGAGCAUAUACCAACCACUGCUUGCUAGACAUUAGGUGUUUGCACACCUCUUAGCUAUAGAUUAACUAGAAUGACGACGCCAUGAAAUCAAUGCGGACCAU